UUUGAACAUUAAAAGUACAAAACAAACAACAAAACAAAACAACCAUGGAGUACGGUGCAAACGAACAGUAUUCUUUACGUUGGAAACAUUUCAACGAAAAUAUUUCAAGUGGUUUGUAUCAAUCACAGCGGCAAGGUGAUUUUGUCGAUAUAACAUUAGCCGUCGAAGGGCACACGAUGCAAGUACAUCGUUUGGUUAUGUCAGUAUGUUCGCCAUACUUUCAAAAAAUGUUGACAAUAAUGCCGGCCAAUUAUCAUCCAUUCGUACUUCUGAAGGAUGUAUCAUACGGUGUGCUCGAAAAAUUGAUUGAAUUCAUAUACAACGGUGAGGUUACUGUGGAUAAAGAAAUUUUGGCUGAAUUCAUGAGCACAGGUGAAGCGCUACAGAUCAAAGGUCUUGUAGACAAUGAUGAUUGGCAGCGUCAUGUUGAUACGUCGACAAAAAAUGUUCAAAAGCAACAGUCGUCCACAGUGCAACAACAACAACAACAAAACGCCAAUAUCAUGAGAAAUAGUGCGUCACAGUUGACACGAUCGCCAAUGACUUCAAACCAAACUUUCAUACCAACCAGAGCUGCUCCAACAUCAAGAAAUGUUGACCAACUCCAACAUUGUCGCGCCUUGCAACAACGAAACGCUGAUCUUAUGGCAAAACAUGCAUCGUAUUUGGCACAGUCGACUAAAUGUGAACAGUUCGAACUGACAAACAAAUACAAAACAGACGGUACAACAAUUCUAAAAACGUGUGCAUGGUUUUAG